UUUCCUUAAGAAACUUAGCUGUCAUUCUUGUAUUCCCUGUAUUUAUUCUUUGUCUUCUUUAUUUGUACCUCAACAUUCUUGUUGUGAUCGUCUUACUUUGAUUUUCUUUGUGGGAUGGAUGACCAGCAGAACAUCACUUUCAUGUGGCCAAGUCAUCUUCCUCCAAACAAUUCCAUGACGAGAAACCUCAAUAGCACAGAAGAGUACUUAGCUUACUUGUGUGGUCCCAAGCGCAGUCGCCUAUCACUACCAAUGACUCUAGUCUAUGCAGCUGUAUUUCUUAUUGGAGUAAUUGGAAAUACACUUGUAUGCUUGGUCAUCUUAAAACAUCACAAUAUGAGGACCCCUACCAACUAUUAUCUGUUUAGCCUAGCAGUAUCUGACCUCCUAGUUCUGCUCCUGGGGAUGCCUCUUGAAGUGUAUGAAAUGUGGAGCAACUACCCUUUCCUCUUUGGUGCCUGGGGUUGCUAUUUUAAAACAGUUCUUUUUGAAACAGUCUGCUUUGCCUCCAUUCUAAGUGUCACCACUGUCAGUGUGGAGAGGUAUGUGGCCAUCAUCCAUCCAUUUCAAGCCAAGCUGAAAAGCACUCGGAGCAGGGCUCUCAAAAUCCUGGUCAUUCUCUGGAUCUUCUCUAUUCUUUUUUCCAUCCCAAACACCAGCACACAUGGUAUUCUCCUACAGUACUUCCCCAAUGGAAGCCUCAUCCCUGAUUCGGCCACGUGCACUGUAGUUCAACCUCUGUGGAUUUAUAACUGCAUUAUCCAAGUGACCUCACUGCUGUUCUAUAUUCUUCCAAUGGGGGUCAUCAGUGUCCUCUACUGUCUGAUGGGAAUAAAACUCAGGGGUGACCAUUCACUGGAAGCAGAUAAAAUAUCCAUGAAUGUCCAGAGACCAUCUCGGAAAUCCAUCACUAAAAUGCUGUUCGUCUUGGUGAUGGUAUUUGGUAUCUGCUGGGCUCCAUUCCAUGUGGACAGAUUAUUCUUCAGCUUUGUGGUAGACUGGACUGAGCCUUUAGCCAAUGCCUUCAACUUAACCCAUGUGGUGUCAGGCGUCUUCUUCUACCUCAGCUCAGCUGUCAAUCCUUUAAUCUACAAUCUCCUAUCCAAACGCUUUCGCUCUGCAUUCCAAAAUGUCCUGCCCCCUCUCUUCAAGAGCUGGAAACCCAAGAUUCCUGUCCAGGCAUUAGCCCCCCAGAAGAGCACCCUCGUUUUGGCUGUUCUAAAUCAAAUGGACUCAGUAGAAGAAGGGAGCCCAACGUUCCCCCACCGCACCUCUGUCUGCAGUUCCCAUCUCUCUACUGUCCUCUGACAGGACAGGACAUUUCCAAAAAACAAUUUGCAUAAUCAUCCCAGUUUGUGAUGUUCCUAAAGUGACACUAUUAUAGGAACUAGUCUAUUAUGUCAGAUGUAUUUUUAAACUUGGGAAAAUAAAGAAUCUUAGCAUUUUUUUGGUGGGAUCUCGAUUAACGUUAUGGUGGCCACGUAUAAAGGUGAUUAAAAUGGCUUGAAAAAUGUUCCUGGCACUAAUCUAAGCUGAGGAGGGAUGGGAGUUAAGGUUCUUAUUCUGUGUUUAUGUCUCUACCUCCAUGGCUGAUACAGCUGUGAUGUUGGGUAUGGAGUAGAGGGAACAGACUUUCAGUACAAUUGCACCAACACAGGUAAUUUAAAUGUAAGAGUUCAAAUUGGUUCAGUUCAUGCUUGAAAAAAAUUCUAGCACUUUUUCGGGAUUCAGAUGUCUUGUGAUUUAAAAGCACCUAAUAACGGAAGGUUUGAACAGACGAUUGUGUAGAAUCCAUUUUAAGCAUAUAAUUCUAAUUGAUGACAAAACAAUCCUAUUGACUAUUUUUAAUGUUUAAAUGAUCUUUAGUAGACUGGGCCUGGUGAUGGUUUGGUUAUACAAAUUAUGGAAAGAUCCCUUAUGUGGAAAACCCCAGGUCUCAAGCAUUUCUGAUAAUAGACCAUAUACCUGUAUUAGUCUGAAUGCAAAAAUAUUGAAUCUGGUGCAUCCCCAGUGUCAGUAUUUGUCUAGGAGUGAGCUUGACAAUGCAUAGAAUAUAUAGAAUGUGCAUCCCAGUUGCAUUACUAUUCUCUAUUGAAAGGGGGACAUUUUAUUAUAGUAAAGGGGUAAACCCACCUAAAUAAGAAUGGAGAUGUGACUUAUCAAGGGGUGGAGUUGUGGAGACUCUAACUAGGGACCAUUUUCAUUCAUCUCACCCCUUUUGGUGGUUGUUACUGUAUGGGGGUGGCCUUCUAUUUGUGGGUUAGCCCGUAGAAGUCUAAUCAUUAUUGUGGUAUGUGCUGCUUAUGCUCAUUUGUACAUUUCAUGGUUUCUUUGUUUUGUUACAUUAAUAAUUAUGCUGCUGCCUUUUCAUCCCAGAAAAGAAUCUGUCAGUACCAGUUAGCUAUUUAUGCAGUGGGGUGA